AUGAACUCGAAUUCAGAAUCCGACAACUCCGACUCCGAAGAGGGUGGAAUGCAAUUGGACGUUUCGGCAGAUCGUGAUCUGUAUUUCGCUGAAGGAGACAGCGACAUGGACGAUCUUGACGAAAGGGAUGGCUUUUCCAUGGAGGAAGAUCGAGACGGUCAUCGAGAUGACCUCGGUUUCCCACCAGACCAACAGGAUCGCCCACGCCCUCGGCCCCGACGCCUCCGUACAAAGGACUAUCUCACAGAGGAACAGCAUGCCGCCUUGUCAGUCCUAUCCAAUUGGGAAUUACUCGUCACCCAUGCACUGAACAAUCAUCGUACAAUCCCCCAAACUCGUCGACGCUUUCAAGCCAAGCUUCUCGCCGGCGACAAUCUCGCCCUCGAAAACGAGCUCUACGCGUCUCGCUUCGUCAUCCCCGCCUCCAAAUCGGAAUUCCUGCCCCCCGUGAAUCCCACAUCGACCGGAUCUCGCCCGUUCGAAACCGCGUCUGGUGCGGACAAUUCAACCGCAUUCUUGAUCCCGGGCUCGUAUCGUGAGGUCAUUGAGAAUGAUGAUUCACCCUGGUGGCCACAGGGGAAGCCGAGGGAGAAGAGGAAGAGUAAUCGGAGGAAUGAGGCGUCUUUGAGUGCCGGUAGCGAAGGGAGCUCAAGAGUCGUCAGUCGCGCCGGGUCCGUGGGUCGGGGAGGAUGA